AUGGCACAGGCGGAGAGCCCAUUCCCGCCGCCCCCCUCGCCCAGCUCCGGCGGCGAGCCCGGCCAUUCCUCGCCCAACCAACUCCGAAACGCUCCAAAGUUGCUGCGUGCGGCGCCUCCCUCCCCGCGCCGUCGGGCCGCGCUCGCCUUCGGCUCCGCCAGCCGCCAACUCCGCCAGCCGCGGCACGGAGCCAGCUGGGCGCCCGGCACUCCGGGGCGCCGCCACCGCCGCGCUCCCGCCCCUCGCUUGCCUCCGAUCCCCGCCGGAGCCUUCGCGGAGCCGCGGCGAUCUCGGCCUCGCAGGGCGCUGCCGAGCAGAGCGACGUCUCCCAAGCGGCUUCCAAGCGGCUGGCGGGCAGGCUUGACCCGGGAGGGCGCCGAGCGCGCUGUCUGCGCGUCCGCAGGGGCGUCUCGGCGGGAGGUUGCUUUUUCGGGGGGCGCCCCUCCUAUUCCCCAGGGCCGAUCGGGAGGCAGCGGGAAGGCGAAGCGCUGGAUCGGCUUAGGAGUCGGCGUCAAGCGGGCGCCUCCUCGUCCCCGCUCGUCUCCGGCGGAUCCAGGCGGGGAAGGACGCCCUGCCUUGAAGAGCCACGACGCAGGGGCACCCAGGAGCGCCCGCUGCCGCUUCCCGGCGCGUCGCGAUCAGGAGGAGGAGGAGGACCCCCCGCUGCCUGUUUCUCCACCCCCGGCCCCUCCCACGCCGGCUUCCUCCUCCUCCUCCUCCUCCUUCUUCUCACCCCAUGCAGGGAAGACGGCCCGGGACUCCCUUCGCCUCCUCCUGCUGGAGGCGGGCUCGUUCGCCAUGCCCCUAGCGGGGGUUCGCGGGGACUCAUCCCGCCCGUAG